CAUAGAGAACGCACUGAAGACACGGAGAGCAGAGGUGUCGUGUCCCCGGAGCCCGCAGCCACAAUCUGCUGCUGAAGGUGUGGAAAGGUUUGUGUUCUUUAACACAAAAUAUUUUCAAUUACACUCAGUGCCAGACGCUGCAGCACCUUAAGAACAACCUUGCAUCGAAAAUCGGGGUCAAUAUCACAUCCGCCGUGAAGGAAUAACCGUAUGCGCUGUCAUAACUUACACACGGAAAGUAGCUUGAUGAGUGUCCAAAGUAGUGGAAGUUUGGAGGGGACGCCAUCUUGGUCCCAGCUCUCCACGUCCCCAACACGGACCGUGUUUCAGCAACACACCACGGCACUGCUGAAGGCCGGGGAAGGCACCAUGGAGGAGCUGCACAGCCUGGACCCCCGGAGACAGGAGCUGCUGGAGGCACGCUUCAUGGGCGGGGUCAGCGGCAGCACAGGGGGCAGCACAGGCAGCACAAGCGGGGGAACCAAAGGUUUGACAAAUAAUGAAUGUUCCAAUCACAGUUUUGGAAGCCUUGGAUCUUCGAGCGACAAAGAGUCAGAGGGAUCUGAUGUGAAAAGAGGCAGUUCUCCUGCUUAUUCGACCCCUGAGAAGAAACAGUCUGAAACAACAAGAGGGCGAAAGAGGAAACCAGAGCUCCAGUCAGAGAGCAGCCAAGGAAAAUCAAUUGUACGAGGACCCAAAAUAAGUGAUUACUUUGAUUUUCAGGGAGGGAAUGGGUCCAGUCCUGUCAGAGGUCUCCCACCAGUGAUUCGCUCGCCCCAGAACUCACAUUCCUACUCCACUCAGGGCUUGGCUGUUAGACAAAACAGCUCAUCUCCUACUAGUCUGUCUUUCGGGGACCACGUGAUGCAUCCAAAGCAACUGGCAGUGAAAUUUGUUCAGACCGACCUUACAGUGUUGAAGUUGGCUGCCCUUGAAAGCACUAAGAAUUUAGACCUUGAGAAGAAGGAGGGUAGAAUAGAUGAUUUAUUAAGGGCAAACUGUGAUCUCAGGAGACAGAUAGACGAACAACAAAAACUACUUGAAAAGUUCAAGGAACGCUUGAAUAAAUGCAUCACCAUGAGCAAGAAGCUGCUGAUAGAGAAGAGCAAUCAAGAGAAGCAGGCCUGCCGGGAGAAGAGCAUGCAAGAUAGGCUACGUUUAGGCCAUUUCACUACAGUGAGACACGGAGCCUCGUUCACAGAACAGUGGACAGAUGGCUUUGCCUUUCAAAACCUUGUCAAACAACAAGAGUGGAUCAACCAACAGAGAGAAGACAUUGAGAGGCAAAGAAAACUCCUGGCCAAGAGAAAACCUCCAACCUCCAGCAACUCCCAAACACCAACCACAAACUCGGAGCCAAAGCAACGCAAAACCAAGGCAGUGAAUGGAGCAGAAAGUGAUCCCUUUGUAAAACCCAGCCUACCUCAGCUGCUGACACUAGCAGAGUACCACGAACAGGAGGAGAUCUUCAAGUUGAGACUUGGCCAUUUAAAAAAGGAGGAAGCUGAGAUCCAGGCGGAGCUGGAGCGUCUGGGGGUGCGCAACCUCCACAUUCGGGAACUGAAGAGAAUAAAUAAUGAAGACAGUUCACAAUUUAAAGAUCAUCCCACAUUGAAUGAACGGUAUCUGCUCCUACAUCUUCUGGGUAGGGGAGGCUUCAGUGAGGUUUACAAGGCUUUUGACUUAAUUGAGCAACGUUACGCUGCUGUAAAAAUCCACCAACUGAACAAGAACUGGCGAGAAGAGAAAAAGGAGAACUAUCAUAAGCAUGCAUGUAGAGAGUACAGAAUACACAAGGAGCUGGACCAUCCUCGAAUCGUGAAACUUUAUGACUACUUUUCACUGGACACAGACACAUUUUGCACGGUCAUGGAGUACUGCGAAGGCAACGACUUGGAUUUCUACUUGAAGCAGCAUAAGCUAAUGUCUGAGAAGGAGGCCCGGUCCAUAGUCAUGCAGAUUGUCAAUGCACUAAAAUACCUGAAUGAAAUAAAACCCCCCAUUAUCCAUUAUGACCUCAAGCCAGGUAAUAUCUUGUUGGUGGACGGAAUAGCCUGUGGCGAGAUCAAAAUCACUGACUUUGGUUUGUCUAAGAUCAUGGAUGACGACAACUAUGGUGUGGAUGGAAUGGACCUGACCUCACAGGGAGCAGGCACGUAUUGGUACUUGCCUCCUGAAUGCUUUGUGGUUGGUAAGGAACCUCCGAAGAUCUCCAACAAGGUGGAUGUGUGGUCCGUUGGUGUCAUCUUUUUCCAGUGUCUGUAUGGUAGGAAGCCUUUUGGCCAUAACCAAUCACAGCAGGACAUCCUGCAGGAGAACACCAUUCUCAAAGCUACAGAUGUCCAGUUUCCUGUCAAACCAGUUGCUAGUAAUGAAGCAAAGGCCUUCAUAAGGCGGUGCCUGGCCUACAGGAAGGAGGACCGCGUUGAUGUCCUUCAGCUUGGAAGUGACCCUUACCUUCUCCCUCACAUACGAAGGUCAAGCUCCUCUGGAAAUCUGCAGGCCAAUGCUGCUGGCACAGGACUGGCAUCCUCCAGCAUCAUGUCAUACUGAUUGUGUUGAACUGAAAAAGAAAAGGCACACAGACCCGAGUUGCUUCUUAAGCUUGCAGCACCCUCUAGAGGCUACAGCUUGUAAGAUAAGCAACAAAAAGACAAGAGGAGGAGCAGAAUGCAAGUGAGGAAAACUCACCGGAACAGGCUUCAUUUUCUAAACCAAGACUGGAUGAAUGGACAAUAUGUUUUUCUUGUUUUGUUUUUUGUAAGGACAUGGAUUAAAGGAUCUUUUAAGGAUCCGAUGAAAAGCACUGAAACUGACAACGUACCUUGAAGAAAAUGUGUCUGUACACUCUGUUCAGACACUUCAGACGGAUAAAGCCUUAAAGAGCCGAAGGGAACUUGGCAGCCCACUGUUAGGAUUGAAUAACAUGGUCCUGCCAGGGUGCAAAUGAUUCAGCUGCUAGAAGUUAAAAAAAAAACUAUUAUACUGUGAGGAGUCAUUGUUUAAGUAGAAGUACAAAAAUUUCACCGUUCAUUUGGCUUCUAUGUUUGUUUUUCCCCACCAAGUUUUAGGCUUUCAUUUGAGUUUCUUAGCCAAGGGAAUGUAAUGUGUAGCAUACAAGUGGCAUCUAGUGACACGUAGGUCGGGGAAGCAAACUUACAUUUAAUGCACAAAGUAACCAAAUGUAGAAAAAUGUAUAAAAUCCUAUGCAGGAAUAAUAACUGAAGAUUGGUAACUGUAUAUGCUGUACAGGUGAAAUUUAAUUUUUUUUGAGUUGCAGCAGUAACAUAUACAGAUACCUAAAAUUCAACCCAUAAUGUUAAACUAGUUUCCUGGUGUGGUUUCAUUUUUGCCGCUUUGUUGCUCUUACUUUUUCAAGGGCUGUAUGUUCCACUUUAAAUUGUACAGUUCUGCUGAGAGUGAAUAAUAAACGCCAGGAAAUCUUU